UGCUUGAAUAAAUGUUAAGUUGGCUUGCCAUAGCUUAAUGUUCCGACUUAUUGGAAGAAAAUAUGGUCAAAAAUGCACACGCCUUAGAUUUUGAUAUACAGUGUAGGACAACUAUUAUUACCGCUUAAACUAGCCUUGGUCCUUAAUUGUUUUACAAGCACUUCCUUCAUAUGCUGUUGUAUAUGUUUGAACUCUGUAGAACGAGAAAAGAAUAUCAGAGGGAAGAACAGAGCAACAAGAGAGCUUAUCAAUCAUGCACAGAACUAAUGAAUAACAUGCGAUGAUUUGCGCCAUGUUCUCUUGUCUCCAGAGCCAAUGUUUCUGAAAAAGCAAUACAGGAGUGGACGAACUCUAGACGCUGCAGUCAUUAAUGAAAAUACAGUCAUCAUGUUCUUGUUUCAUUUCUUAGGCCAACAAUCGAAUGUUUCUUUAAUUGUAUGUAAUAUCGUCACAAUAUAAAAAAAAUCCUUUAGAAUAUAAUCAAUUAUACAUAAGCAUGUGCUAUCCACAUUUCAUAUAAGAUAUUUAUUAAUACGUAUUUGGUAUACACAUGUAUGUAUAUUGUUGCAAUUUCAUAAAUCAAAUUUCAAAGUUGCCAUGGUUACUAUACACGUCAGCCACCUUGCCAAUAUCUAGUUUCCUAUUUGGGCGCGGUAAAUUAAAUGCGACAAGUUGUCAUCGUUAACUGUGCUGCAUAUUGCUAUUCAACAUUCAGACAUAGUUCCAAGACUGAGGAAGUAUACAUAACGAAGCAUUUCAAUAUUACAUUGUUAGGUUUAUAAAAGCAUGUUUUGACAAAGAUGCAUUAUAUGUUUAACUCUAGUCGAAAAGCCAACUAGUGCCUGUGUUUUUCUCUCGGGCUAGCUUGAUGACCAAUUUAAUUGCAGACAGUGUUCGUUCACAGUUUCCACUUUUAUCUCCGUUGAACAGAUAUGUUUUACUCAGUAUAUCGUAUAGUUAUCUCCCCUUUUUUUAAAUUUCCUUCUCUAUUAUGUAACGCCGAAGCAACUUCGUUCACUUUUACUACUAGACGAAAGAGUAAUGCUAACUUGUUCAUCGUCAAUGCCACCGAAUCAUACCGUAUGUGUGUUAACCUUUACGCUGUAUAACCAGGACGUCACAUUAUUUAUUACCAAUAAUUGUUUUUAAUAUUCAAGAGAGACGAUAUCCGCCAUGUCUGCCGAUAACCUGACCACAACUGAAGAAGCAGAUGACGGUUUUCCGCCAUUCCUUAUCAUUUUCAUUGUUUUACAACAACUAGUGUCCAUCCUCUCCUGUUUAGGUAAUGGUGUCGUCAUCUUUAUUUUUACUCGUUACCUCCACCUUAAAUCCUUCACCAACCGCUUUGUCGUGGGACUUGCCGUCGCCGACUUUUGCACGGGCCUUUCAGUUGGUUCCCAGAUUGUAUAUUUCUUGAUUCCAGAAUUAAACACAGACAGGAUGGCAUGCUUUAUUCGGUAUCAAAUCAUAGCAUUUAUGACGAUGACGUCACAACUCACAGUGUCGUUUACAACCUUCGACAGAUACAUCGCGAUCUGCCAUCCCCACAGCUAUAGUAAAGUUGUAACCAAUGUUACGGCUAACGUCCUUGUUACGCUACCAUGGGCAUAUGCCCUAAUUCUAACGACGUCAUCCUACCUUGGACUAAAACCAUGGACAAGUGAUUCCUCAUACUGUCUGUAUCAUCUCAUUUUUGAACAUGGUGUCUAUUUAACAUCGGCUUUUACCACCAUAUGUUUCAGUAUGGCAUCUUUCAUCAUGUACAUGUGUAUUUUACGGGUAGCAUGGAAAUACUUCAACAGAAUACGUCCUUCAAACGAAACCAAUCCAAGUUCCGAAGUCCGUAAAAAAUCGACAGAGCGCGACGUUCGAAGUGCAAAGGUCAUGGGAAUUGUAACUGUGGCAUUUACCAUUUGUUGGGCACCUUUCACCGCAUACCAGUUCCGGUAUGGAUUGGGCUAUUUUGACUUGACCACGGACGACAUUACUGCUUCCAACUGGCUCGUUUUUCUUGGUAUGACCAAUAGCCUGGUGAACCCAGUGAUAUACGCCUGGCAACGGAAGGAUUUCAAAAGAGCAUGUAAAAAAUGUUGCGGUCGAAACGUUGCCGGAAGUAACAUUACGGGUGGCUUCUCAUCGCAUGCAUCCACAAUAUAAACUUGCAUUAAUUAAAUAAAAUAUGCUGUUUUUUUCGGUAUCAAUACACCUUUCAUUCAUAUGUUGGCGAAACAACAUUUUGACAUAUGGCUAUUGAUAGUAAGAAGAGUUUAAAAACCACCGAUGGGGUAUCAUUAAUCGAAAUAGCCUUACUGGGUAGUGAAUUGUUUAUUUUAUGUCUCGUACUUUCGUUAAGUCUUUGCUAUUCUAUAUAACUUGUAAUAAAUAAGUGUGUGACUAUUUGUUUGUGCAAUGCUCGCAUUAUUACUGCUGAAAUAUGAUUUUAAGCUUCGGAUAAAAAUAUGAAAAAAUCUGCAAUCUUAAUUUCUCCAUGUCAUUUGCAGUAUUUACCUAUUCUUCCAAAAUGUCUUCAAAAGGUCUGUGAGAGGUCUGUUUGGUGUAACUCUGCCAGACAAGUCUAUGUUUCACAGUAAG